GCCGCGCUCGGCUCUCCUCGGCAGGCUGCGGUAAAUCCGGGCUUGCGGCGUUUGGCGAGGCUGCGGCCGGUGGUCCCCGCUGCGCGCCGCGAGCCCCGAGAGCCAUGCACACGUUCCACGCCGUCCGCUGCGCCUUCUACCAGCUGCUGGUGGCCGCGCUGAUGCUGGUGGCCAUGCUGCAGCUCCUCUACCUGUCGCUGCUGUCCGGGCUGCACGGGCAGGAGGAGCAGGAGCAGUAUUUGGAGUACUUCCCGCCGUCCCCGCGGUCCGUGGACCAGGUCAAGGCGCAGCUCCGCGCCGCGCUGGCCUCCGGGGGCGUCCUGGACGCCAGCGGCGACUACCGCGUCUACCGGGGCCUCCUGAAGACCACCAUGGACCCCGACGACGUGGUCCUGGCCACGCACGCCAGCGUGGACAACCUGCUGCACCUGCCCGCCCUGCUGGAGCGCUGGGAGGGCCCGCUGGCCGUGGCGGUGUUCGCAGCCACCAAGGAGGAGGCGCAGCUGGCCACGGUGCUGACCCUCGCGAUGAGCAGUCACUGCCCCGACGUCCGCGCCCGAAUGGCCAUGCACCUGGCGUGCCCCUCGCGCUACGAGGCCGCCGUGCCCGACCCCCGCGAGCCGGGCGAGUUCGCCCUGCUGCGGUCCUGCCAGCAGGUCUUCGACAAGCUGGCCAGCGUGGCCCAGCCCGGGGUCAACUACGCGCUGGGCAGCAACGUCUCCUACCCCAACAACAUGCUGCGGAACCUGGCCCGGGAGGGGGCCAACUACGCCCUGGUGGUCGAUGUGGACAUGGUGCCCAGCGAGGGGCUGUGGCGCGGCCUGCGGGAGAUGCUGGACCAGAGCGACCAGUGGGCCGGGACCGCGCUGGUGGUGCCCGCCUUCGAGAUGCGGCAGUACCGCUACCGCCUGCCCGAGACCAAGGACGAGCUGCUGAAGCUCUACCGGAUGGGCCAGGUGCGGCCCUUCUACUACGAGGUGUGCAUGCCCUGCCAGGCGCCCACCGACUACUACCGCUGGGCCGACCUCCCCCCAGAGACCCUGCUGAGGCCUGCCUACGAGGUGUCCUGGCGGGACCCCUGGGAGCCCUUCUACGUGGCCGGAGGCAAGGUUCCCUCCUUCGACGAGCGCUUCCGGCAGUACGGCUUCAACCGCAUCAGCCAGGCCUGUGAGCUGCACGUGGCGGGAUUUGUUUUCAAGGUGCUGAACGAAGGUUUCCUGAUUCAUAAGGGCUUAAAAGAUCCCGUGGAGUUCCACCCCCAAAAGGAAGCCGAAAACCAGCACAAUAAGCUUCUUUACCGCCAGUUCAAGCAGGAGUUGAAGGCCAAGUACCCCGACUCCACCCGUCAUUGCUGAGUCCUUCCCUGCCCUCGUUUGAGAAGUGUCGCCUCCUCUCUCCUUGGGCUGCCCCUCGGGCCUGAGAGGGGUAAGAAUCGGCACUCCACUUGGCAAUGGUAGCUGUGGUGUUGGAACACUGGACUUUGGACACGGGGGGCUGGGAUCCAGUCCCGGCUUUACCACUGAGUAGCUGCGUGGCCUUGAGCAAACCCCUUUCCCUCUCUGAGCCUGGCUGCCCCGUCUGGAAAAAGGGAGGUGGGAGUAUCUACCUCACAGAACUGCUGGUUGGCUCAGAGGAUCAAAACCUUGGUCCCCUCAAUGCUAUAUGUGAAAACACUCCGUGUGAGCUUCGUCAAAAUGUGAAGUGUUAUUAAUAUUAUUACAGU